AUGCCGACUCGCGACACAUUUAAAUCAGAAUUGGCCUUCUCCAAGCGGCAAAAUCAUACAAAUCACUUUCAUUUCUCCUGCAUAUCCAUUAUUUGUAGAUCCUCGCUCCCAAAGGCCUUUCGCUCUCUUUCCAAACCUUCAGUUGCAAAGAUAUAUCGACACGCUUGCGGCGAAAUCACUAAAUUAACACUUGUUCACAUUUCUGCAAGCCUCCGUUACAUGAUGGUGUCUCCGGCUGUCUUGGUCGCAACUUGGCUUGGCUGUGUCGCACUGCGAGCUGCGAAGCUCAUCCCACAGGCGCAAAUUUGCAACACAUACUCGAAUGCAAACACGAAUCAUGCCACUUGUGGAAAGUCAGUUUGUUCCUACGGCUGCUCGUGGCCUUUCGUCACCGCGGAGAACUGUGUCCCGGCGGGAUCAACUAGAACGGGCAACACUACCUCACAAACUUGUCACCUCGGGUAUUGGAAAGAAAGCAAUGAAAUUUCAUCCUGUAUCACGAAAUUUGGCUCAUACAAAUGUGACACUAAACCCACGGGCUUUGGUGCUUGCACAGGGUGCCGGGACCCUUGA